UUAGACUCCGCCCUCCUAAGCAUGUUGACUCCAGUCUGGAAAGGGUAUACCCAUGCAGCGAAUUAAUAUUAAUCUUAUCAGGAUACACAGGGGUUUAAAAUCGAUCUGUGGAAAAGGUCAUCAAGAUUUCCGAUCAGGAAAAAUCCAGAAAUGAUUCUGAGGACUUUGUCCCGAAUGUCCGUCACUACACGUGACCUCAGCCGGCUCGCGCGACACGAGAGCACUUUAAAGUCAUGCUUUGAUGAGAGCGGUGGAGAGGGACUCAUCCUCAAAUCUUCAUCCACGGAUAUCUUCCAAAACCUGGCUCUAGAGGACUGGAUACAUGAUCGUGUCGACUUGCAGAGCCGAAGUGUUUUGUUUUUAUGGAGAAACGCUCCAGCGGUGGUGAUCGGGAGACACCAGAACCCCUGGCAGGAGUGUAACCUGGAGCUCCUGAGGCGGACAGGAAUCCCGGUGGCGAGGCGUCGGAGCGGAGGAGGAACCGUCUACCACGAUUUGGGCAACAUAAACAUGACCUUCUUCACCUCGAAGAAGAAAUACGACCGCAUGAGGAACCUCGGGGUAGUGACCGGUGCACUGAAGGCACUCAGUCCGAAUCUGGACGUGUGUGCUACAGAGAGGUUUGACAUUAUACUUAACGGAUGUUAUAAGAUCUCCGGGACUGCAGCCAGGCUGGGAAGGAAGACCGCCUAUCAUCACUGCACCUUACUGUGUUCCGCAGAUCGCUCUAUCCUCUCAUCAGUCUUGAAGAGCUCAUGCACGGGCAUUAAAAGCAACGCCACCCCCAGUGUGCCUUCUCCCGUGACAAACCUCUCAGAUCACGACCCCUCUCUGAAUCCCUCUUCCCUUAUGGACGCCAUUGCGUCUUGUUACAAUAAAGAGUUUGACCUCGACUGUCCUGUCCUUACAGUCGACCCGGGAUCAGAAGUGAUGAUGCCUGGCAUUCACAAGAUGACCUCCGAUUUGAAAAACUGGGACUGGGUUUAUGGAAAGACUCCAAAAUUCAGCGUUUGCACAUCUUUUAUGGUGGACAACACCAACGUUGGACUGGAGAUAGAGAUCAAGAAUGGGGUUGUAGAGUCCUGCAUCAUGGAUGUACACCAUGACUGGCUACCUGCAGACUUUGUGAAAGAAUUCUGCUCCAGUUUGAUCGGGAUCCGGUUCUGUCCAAAUGAGUUUGCUGUGGCUGUAGCAGCUUUUAUAAGAACUACCUCAUCCUCUCCGCAGCAUACCCAAAACACACUAAGACUCUAUGAAAACAUUGUAUCAGUAAUGUAAAUAAAGGAUUUGAGUUCUUUGUGAAA